GGCUCCGGCCCCUCCCCCGCCCGCCCGCGGUCGGCGUCGCCGGGUCCCGUCAGGAGCGCUCAGGGGGCGCCGCCGCCGCCGCCUCCCGGAGCCGCCCCCGCGUCGCUCCGCCCCGCCCGGGGCUGCCCGGCCCCGGUACCGGCUUCGGUUUCAGCCCCGGUACUGGCAACGAGCGCGGGGGGGUGCAGGUGGCCUCACCUCUGGGAUGGGACCCCUGACCUGGGAGCAGACGGCAUGGAGCACGGCAGCGGACAGCUCGGCAGCCCCGGGAAGUAGUUGUGCGACUGCAGGACACAGAGGGGUCGUGGCAAAGUCUGGGUGGAGGAGAUUCGGUUCUGGAGGUGCCUGCGAGCAGUUACCGCUUACCUCAGAAUAGUCCAACGAGAUUCCAGGGACCACUCCUCUGUUCAGGCUAGUUAAGAUGGCAGACCAGAGGCAACGUUCGCUGUCUACCUCUGGAGAAUCGUUAUACCACGUGCUAGGACUGGACAAGAAUGCUACUUCUGAUGAUAUUAAAAAGUCAUACAGGAAACUUGCAUUGAAAUACCAUCCUGAUAAAAACCCUGAUAAUCCAGAGGCAGCAGAAAAAUUCAAAGAGAUCAAUAAUGCACAUGCAAUAUUGACCGAUGCAACGAAGCGAAACAUUUAUGAUAAGUAUGGUUCUCUGGGUCUGUAUGUAGCAGAGCAGUUUGGUGAAGAAAAUGUGAACACGUAUUUCGUCCUAUCCAGCUGGUGGGCAAAGGCCUUGUUUGUGUUCUGUGGGCUCAUCACAGGCUGCUAUUGCUGUUGCUGUCUGUGCUGCUGCUGUAAUUGUUGCUGUGGGAAGUGUAAACCUAAACCUCCUGAAGGCGAAGAGCAGGAAUACUACGUCUCUCCAGAGGACUUGGAGGCACAGUUGCAGUCAGAUGAAAGGGAGGCCUCAGACGCACCUAUUGUGAUACAGCCAGCAUCAGCCACAGAGACGACCCAGCUCACAGCUGACUCUCACCCCAGCUACCACACUGAUGGAUUUAAUUAAGUUAAGGAAACACUGUAAUUAGAAUGGAUAAAAAAUUACAUGGCCAACUCAACACUAGAAUCAUGAACAUUAGAAGUAGAGAAUGGGGAGGGGGAAAAAAUUCUGCCAGAGUAAGAAGGCAGCUUUCCAACCUGCCGAGAAUAUUUUGUAAUCCCUUCAGCCUUUUGUCACCUUUCAGUGUCGUAUCUUGAUGAUACGUGAAGUGCUGUAGCAUGCAGUAUUUAAAGCAGUUUAGCUACGGUUUUAUGUUUUCUUUCUCUCUUUUUUUUUUUUAUAGCAUGUAUGGAGUUAUGUUAAAUGUCUGUGGUGUAAUGUAUUGAGUUGUCACAAUAUGUGUGAGGGAGACAUUCUGCAUUUUAAGCAGUAGUACUGGCCUAAAAAUGAGAUUUAAAAAGAAAAAGUUUCACAGAAGCCACCAUUUUUUCAUACAGCCAAGCUGUCAAAGACCUUUAAAAGUUCAUGAUUUUCAUUUGGGUGCAGCAAGCCAAUUCUCUUAUUCCUGCAUUGUUUAAGCAAGUUUACAAAGCCAAGAACCAAAAAAAAAAAAUGCCAGUCCUGCAGAGCUGGAGUUCUCUUUAAUGCUGGUUUUCAGCUUAAAUAAAUCUACCUUGAAAAAUAAGAAGGGAGAGUUUCCAAUCUUUGAACAGGUAAAUUGAUGAACACCUCUUUAUGCGUAAGGGUUAUCCUCAGUGUCAGUGUAAUCACAAGCUGUAGUUUGUCACAAAACCAACUGUGAAUGGGUUUCGUUGGUGGUGGCGGUGGGAUUUUAACUGCAAGCACAAUUCUGGUUUGGUUUGACUUUUCCUGAAAUGCUAAAGACCAAAUAGUGCAGCUUUUCGGAAUGCAUGAGAAUCUUAAAGUGAAACUGGUUCAUUGGUUUUCACCGAGCAAGUGGAUAAAAUACAGACAGGCAACAGCAUAAAUGUUAAAAAAUAAUAAUAAUAAUAAUUGGCUUUUACAUUUUUCUCUAAUAUUCUGAGAUACUAAGAGACAAAUGGGGUAUUACGUGUUUUUAUAAUCCAUUAGCCCUUUAAUUUUCUCAUGAGCAUCUUUGUGGAGCACUUAAAUGGCUUUUUAAGAACAAACCACCUUUCUUUAUGUUUAUAUUGUAUAAUUUGCACAUUGUUUUGCGUUUAGACUUGUUUACACCAGUUUUUCUUUUCCUCGGAACAACUGUGGGGAAACCAUUGAAAGGUUUCCUGUUCUGUUGUGAAGCCAAUAAUGUUUGAAUACUUCUCUUGAAACUGUGGUUGACUGAGAUUUGUUUAACUGUUAAAGAGGCAUUUUAGUCCGCUGCUGAAUCGCUGGUGUAUUUUGUUGUUAAUUCUCUUGGUUUAGGUCAUACGGAGCCGGGAUCUAGAGCAGCUACCAGUAAGCCUACGUGUGGCGCUUCUAGCAGUUAAUUACAGCCUCGUUAAUUCUGCUCUUAUGGUUUUAUAUCACAAUGCCUCUACCGUUCUUUGUACCCUCAUCUCCCCUUUUUCAUUUUUCACCUGAUUCUGUCCUGAGGCUAUUUACAGCCUCCCGUCCGGGGUGUGCUUUGAAGGUCUCUCCCGCUGCUCUUUUAAGGUCCAGGCGUUACGAAUGGGGUAAAAAAAAAAAAAAAAAAAGCACUGUCAGGCUGUGGGAGCUGCCAGCGAAUGAAGGGUACCCUCCUGCCAGGGAAUCUUUCUGAAUUUAUUUUCGCUCCAUCUGUGCAUGAGCUGGAAAUGAUAGAGCACAUAAAAUCUGAUGUGAAGCCACGCUCAACGCACUGGGUAGAAGAAAAUGUUAUAAAAACAGUCUAAACACCGAGGGAGGAACGCGUGCAAAGUGGGAUCUUACUGUCACUCUUGGUACAAACCCAUGUUUAUUGCUCGCCUGUUGCAAAUAAGCAUGCUUUUGUCACCACAUCAGGUUCCAAAAAUGAAAACUGACGAGAUGUAAGGAGCAAAUUUGUUAACUUCUGCCUCGUGGAUAGGCCUUCAGACCUGAAACGUUGUGGGUUAGUGAAAGAUUCUGAUUUGUCAGGAAAACUUUCUUGAGUGGGCUUGAGGACAGCUCUGAUUUGGCUCAAGGUCUUCAAUUAAGUCUUUGUUUGACCCCUUGGAAAGAAAAGCAAUUUUAAAGCUUAAAAAAAUGACAUCACGUAGGCUGUCCUUGUAGGUUUUGCCCGGCGCUGGUUCUGGCUGUUGAAUUGCACCCUGGAUUAUGCUUGAAUUUCUCUACAGGCUCCCUUCCCUGAGAACUCGCUGGUUCGAAUGGCCCCUGUAAUCCACGCAGAUCAGUCGAUGUUGUCAGCUUAAACAAACAAAACCGCCCUGGGGGAUUUUUUGGCUUUUUAAAUGAGCGCAGUUGAUACGAUUGACUGGGUAGAGCGAGAUGAAGGCUGUUUCCCCGUACGCUCUGCGUGUGUUUCUCCCAUCUCCACGCGUUCAUCGGGACGUGUAACAAAAAGCUUUGACUGUGCUUCUGUUCCUUAACCCCCAGGCACCUCUUUUGACCCCAAAAAAAGCUGAUGGGGAGCAGCGAGCGGCCAGGAGAGCGAGCGAGUGCGCCGGGGCUGGCAUCGGGGUGCGAGGAGGCAGUGACAGCGCGGGGAAGCCGUGCGGGAGAGCUGACAGCAGGUCUGAUGUGUGGGGCAAAGGGAGGGUGGAGGCGAUGCCUUCAUCUGCGUUCUGCACUGCUCGGAAAGUUGACAUCCAGGGGAAACCGCCUGGUUUGGUUCCUUGUUUAGCGAGAGUUGCUGCUUUGCUUUCCUUUGGGUUGUUUCUGUGGGUGUAGGGGAUUGGUCUGAGUGCUGCUAGAUGCUCCGAGGGAAGCUACGCUGAGAUCCCACUCACAGGGAAUGAGGAGAAAAAGCCUUUUUAGGCAAAUACUCAUAUUUUUUGAAACAGUCUUAGUUUGCCUGUAUUCCUCCUCAGACCUCUGAAUUUAAUAUUAUUGUAUAGUAACGUCUUUCUUCCUGAACUCUACAAAAAAAGUUAUUUAAACGUUGCUGCUUUAAGACUAAAAUUGUGUAACCAGAAGCUAGGUAGGGCAAUGCCCACUUCUUUUUGUUGUUGGAAGUAAGGUACAAGAGCAUCCCAUGUCAAGCAGGAGUUGCACUUCCAAGUGGCCAAAUUUCAUCCUAGUAAAUGCGAAGUUGUGUUGGAAAUAAUUGUUAAUUGUGGCACAUUUCUGAGCUGAAGUCGCUGGCGCUGCGUUGUCCCUGCCAGAGCUGAAGCAGCAGCUUCGCGGGCACUGCUUGCCUGCAGAAUGUUUCCUUCCAGAGCUGCACCCGAGCGCUGUCAUCUCUCUUCGGCCUGCUGCCCGAAUGAACGCUUGAGCUUGGAUAUUUUUUUUGGUUAUUUUUAAAAAGUUGCAUCGCAGUUUUUUGUUUUACGAGUUGCCUGAGACCUCAGCUCCGGGAGCGCGGCCGCCCCCGCUCAGCGCCCGUUUCCUGAGCGCUUUUGUGGCUCCUCCUUGCGGGGAGGAGCGCGUCCAGAGCCCGACUCUGUGCGUGUCGAGGGCUGGCUGCUGGCUUCGCUGCGAGUUUCGUUGUGCCCUUCGUGGCUUCGGGUAAGUGAGGAGAGCCCUGAGCACGGCACAGCAGCCGGGGGCUGUCGGCAGUGCGGGGCUCGCGGUGCCCGACCCCCUACACUCCCUGCAGAUACGGGGUACGAGGACUGCGCCCUCGCUUGGAGCUGCUGAAGGGUUAUUGCAGCAGUUUCACGUGUAUCGUUUUGUUGGUGAUGUACGUAGGAAGUUCUUAAAUAUUUAUCUGUAUAUAACUUUUGGUUUUGUAAGCCCCCGUGGUGUCCGAUAUGGUGUACAUUUCUGCCGAUCCCACGCGGUGAUGUUUUAGAGCCAUCGUACCUUUUUAGUCUUAUUUUUAGAUUUGUAAUAUUUUUAAACUGCUUUAGAUAUUAGCGCUCCUAGUGGUAUUACGAUGUGAUGCUCUUGGAAGUUGGGUCCUGCACAGCCUGCGGUCUGACCGGAGGCGCCCGCGCUGGGAGGCGGCGUUGGCACCGAGCUGAGCAACGCCGAGCCCCGCGACGGUGCCCUGGGAAGGGGGAGUGCAGCUUUCAAACCCUUUCCUCUCAGAGCCUACAAACACUACAGGUAGAACCCGGGCAGGAACCCGCUGGGAGAUGCCCUCCCGUCCUGUCCUGUCCCGUUUAUUAAGGCAGUUACGCUGCGUGGUGUCGAGGGACCCUGGUGUGCUUUUUUUUUUUUGAGUGGGGCACAUCUCAGAGCAUCUGUAACCUGUGCACUCCAGAGGGGUACCCCGUUCUCUCCAGUAGUUUGUGCCCUUCGUCUGUCUGGUGCCCUUCAGUGUUCUUGACGUUUCCAGAGAGUUUAGGGAACGUCCUUGUGCUGCAGUUUUCCCUACCCGAUGCAACUGGAUAUUGGCAUAAUAUUUAACAGGAGAUCCCCGCCAGGCAGUCAGGGAGGCUGUUGCCCCUUGGCGGCCCCUGCCUCGUGUUAAUAAUUCUGGAUGCUGUUUAAAUACGCGUUAAUCUUAGAAUCAGAGCACUGAAUCGUAACCCCCCAGCGCAAGUGUUAGUGGCGUAAGGUCGGUAUAAACUUAACUCGCUUCAUCAUUUGAUGCCGCUUCUCUGUAUUGUCGUGGAAAUCAUCUAGUUUGUAGCGUACCAUUGCACCAACUGCUUAAAUAUCCUGAAAGUAUGACUGAUAGCUAACUCAGGGGCAGGAAAUCUGUCCGUGUCCGAGUCCUGCAAGAACUCUGGUCUGCUCCACGCGCUGCGUUCGGAGGUUUUAAGCGCUGUGUGGGACUCUGCAAGAUGGAAAUCCCUGUCGAAUCCCUGUUCCAUUCCGCGAGGCUUUCUGUACACGAAGGAACCGCACGAGGGAAGCUGUCGGUCUGUUUUCUGUUUGCACAAGUCAAAUGCCAUAAAUGUGGAAGACAAACCUUCGUUUGGAAACGAAGCACCCGUGUUCCGUGCACAGCUGAUUUUGUUGCUCCAAGGGUAGACGCCGGGAGUUCCUGGUGGCUCUCUAUAUAUGUAUGUAUGUGUACAGAGGAAGCGCUUCUAUAAAGUGGCCAUUCAUUCUUGAGUGCUGGUGUCUUCUCUGCUCCCUUUUCCCCCGCGGCCAGCAGCGUGGCUGUGUGCCCGUGGUCGUGCUCCGUGCGCGGUGACGGCUUCCACCAAGUGUGAUCUGCUCAAAUUCCACCCUUUGGCCUCAGCCCGGUCGGCUGGCGCUGGGCUUUGCUGCUCGGGCUUCUCUUUAGGGAACAAAAUGAAACCCAGCAGCCGCAAGGAGGGCAAGGGGAUAGGUUUGGCUUGCGUGGGCUGGGACGUGGGGGUGGUUUAAAUGUGAUCACUACCCUCAUCUCUAGAGGUGAACAGAAUACAGCAUUGUUUUUUCCCCCUAUGCUGGUUUUCACCACGUUGUACUCUACAAAGUGGAUUUCUGAGCUCACAAAGCAAGGUCCCAACCCGUGCUGUAGGUUUUGGAUUGCAGCACUGUGUGUGUGUGUAUAUGCACAUACAUAUAUUUAUACAACAGGUGUGCACCUUGCACUUGCUGCCGUUUUUUCUUCGGUGGUAAAACGUGAAAUUUGGCUCAAAGUGCUUCUGUGAGCUCUCAGACAAGCGCAUGGUGUGAGUUUUGUGCGGCCAGAGUUGUGCUUUCUCCUUGCAGCUGCAGGAAAAACAACUCCUGGCUUGAGUGCCUGGUGACACAGCGGCAGGAUCCUGUUGUAUAAAUAAAGAGGUGGUGGGCAAAGCAGGGAGCUGUGCUGCCUGGAAAGGAGAAAACAACCUUUACUCCCAAAAUCUUCCCUCCUUGCUAGGGUGAAUUAAAACUCUAACAGUGUUUUGGCACAGCCUGCUCCAGCUGCUCAAUUUGCAGUGUUUGCAGGUCGGGCUCGUAAGCCGGGGAGCUCUUGCAAGUCACCAAACUGCAGUUAGUUUGUGGGGGUGCCACCGGGUUGCUGCUGCUCGUGCCGGGUGGAGAGCGCAGCCGAGCCUGCACCCCAGGAGCUGAUGCCUGAUGCAGAGCGUGAGCUUCCACGGUGGGUUUCCAUGCAGCAGGUGGGGGGAUCCCACCUCCUGCGCCCACCUUUCUCGUUCUGUCCGUGUCCCACGCAGUCGAUGAACUCUGCCUCUUGCCAAGUCCCAGAGCCUCGCCGUGUCCUCGUUUGGGCGUGCGCCACGUGAGCCAGUUGCUGUCAUCCCUUCCUCUGCUCGUCCCCACCUUCUCCCACUUUUUUUUUUGGGCUGGGCGUGGGUCGUUUGCUUUGCGUUAUCAGCUCAUCCAAGGCGGUUUCUAUUAAUUUUGCAUGUGAGCAGGGCCCUGAGCUAAGUAAUUCAUCACGGGGUUGUGUUGUACUGGCCUCUUUCCGAAGCCUGAGGGAGCUGAGGACGGCAGGAGGAGGGAAUGCGUUCGGCGUUUGCACUGUACUUCACCUCGGGCGGGGCGGGGUGGGGGGAGCCCGUCUUUAAAAACAAAAAAAAAAGUUGUAAAAAAGACAAAAAAAAAAAAAAACACAAUCGAAGUAUGAAUGCAUUUGAGAAGCAAUUAUAAUAUAGACAUAUAUAUAUUUUGUUAUGUUACUAAAGGACCAUACUUUGAACUGUAUGUAAGUAGAUGUGGCUGUCCGAACCUUGUGGAUUGUAACACUCGAUACUACUGAGCUCCUGUACAUACCCGCAGUUCCAGCAGAAGGAAUUAUUUUAUGUUCUAGCAUGGUAGUUUUGUGUAUCGUACGUCUGAAUAUAAACUAAAAUAAAGACUGCUAAGUUAUCUGAAACCACUGUUGUAAAAUAAAUGUUUUCAAUGCAGAA